GUCGACUGCAUCAAUCUAUUGCUCCAGGCAGGUGCUCAACGGGGUCCAAACGGGAGCGCGCAGGCUUCCUCGAGCUCGAACAAUGCCAUCGGAUCUGCCUCGUCAGACGGACAAGAUCCCAUGGAUCUUGAUGCUGACCUGAUACCUUCCUUAUCUUUGCCGCCACCGAUCAUGCCCUUGCGUAUCUACGGCCAUAAUUAUCUCGAUAAAAAGGCUCUUGUACAAGUCUCUUUGGGACACCCCAACACAUCAAAAGCCUCGAUUUUGUCGCCGGUCCGACUGUACAAUCAAUCGCAGCUCUCUUCCCUCAAGCUUGUCAUCUCCAGCAAGCCAGACUCUAUGGCGAUACCGCACAGCGUCAUUCUGCCGCUGACAGAUGAACGAGAGGUCUUUUCGUUUCAAAUUGAGUCCUUCGACGUCCUUUCGCUCGAAUUUGAUCUCUUCCCGACUUUCGGCUCAAAAGUGAUAGGCAAAGCAGUGGCAUUCCCCUCGACAUUUAGCGAUCUACAAAGUCAGGGUCAUUAUGUCAUCCCACUGCUUGAUCCGCAUCUCAAAGUCAUUGGCGAGAUCGCGUUCGAAGUCAACGUUGUCAAGCCUUUCGAAGGCGUGCAGCUCGAGGUCGGCGGCAGGAUGGAGACCUAUUGGAAGUCGACCAAUCCAGUCACUGCACCUGAUACUGGUCUCAUGCCGGCGCCCCUCGGCCUCAAUCCCGGUCCCGCAGGCUCUUCCGUCGUCACGGCUUCUUCGCUUACAGGUGAACAUGUCCGAAUUGUCGUCCAAGUGACAAACGAUGGCGUUCCGGUAGUCUAUCCGAGCUGGAACCUACCGAUAGAUGGCUUCGAGUUACGCGUGAGCGAUAUUAGCUUUGCUCAAUUCGAAGCACUCGCCGUACGCAAAGGCAAGACUCUUGCCUCAAAGAUCACUGCGAAGACGCAAGAACCCAGCGAGUGGUAUCGCGCCAUUUCCGAAUCACUCGUCGGGCUCUCGGAAGUGCUGGCAGUGACGCCAACGUCUCGCGAUGGAGAUCAACAGCUUUGUAGACGCAAUCCUCAAGACUGUCUACGAGACACCCAGUGCUCGCUCCGGAUCCAUUGCGAAGCACCGGCGCAUCGUCUUUUCCAGCUUCAAUCCUGUCGUCUGUACAGCGCUAAAUUGGAAGCAGCCAAAUUAUGCUGUGUUCUUCGCUUCUUAUUGCGGUCUCUCACGAUCAAGUUCGGAAGGCAAUCUUCUGCCUGCUAACCGCACAGAGGACGACAGACGGUGUACAUCUCUGCGGGAGGCAGUCAAAUUCGCUCGUGGCAAUAACUUGCUUGGGGUCAUGUUCGAUUCGACUAUAUUGGUUCGUCCAAACCUUGGAGCGCUGGAUAUAGCUAACCGCCUCGCGGCUUGA